AUGAUCACCAGCUUUCGAAGUCCUGAAGGCCAAGAGCUUGUCCGUCAACUCGCAAUCGCUGAGCUUCCGUCAUAUUACAUACCCUACCACUAUCAAAUCGAAGGACUAUGUGCCACUCUUGACGGACUUGAUCUUGUUGCAAUUAUCGCAACAAGGGGCGGAAAGACAGCUUAUACGUUCCUCGUACACCUCGUCAUCAACGCUAUCCAUGCAGACAUUUCACUCCCAAUAUCCAAGGAAGUGAGGGAUAGGCUGCCUCGCCACCCGGUCUCACUCUUGCUCUUACCUACGAACAAUCUUGAAGUCGAAAAGGUGUGUGCUCUUCUCACUUCAUUCGGUCUCGACGCUCUGGCUAUCAACAGUGAUACAUUGCUUGCCGGUCGGGAGAGUGGCCGUGAUCUAUGGCAGUUGGCUCGCUCUAUCGAAGUCAUUAUUCUGUCCCCAGAACAGUUAACCUCCGAUUCAUUCAAGCAGCUUUUGGAUGAUAGCGCAUUCAGAGUUCGCUUGUACUUACUCCACGUCGACAAGUUCCAUCUUAUAUACAAGUGGGGGCCAAGUUUUCGCAAGGCCUUCUAUCAGAUCGGUUACAUGCACUCUCGACUACCAGACCAAUGUGUUUGUGUCGCCACAACAGCCACACUACUCAAAGAGCGCAAGCAAGAAGUUUUCGCGCAGCUUCGUGUCAAGGAGGGCCAGUUUCACCUCAUCCAUCACUCGAAUCAUCGUGACGACCUCCAGUUUCUCAUCCGUCCCAUGAGCACGGGCAUCGGCGGACGCACAUUCCCUGAUCUUCAUUCGACACUCACCAAUGGCCGACGCACUAUCAUAGCGUGCAACACCAUCAACCUCGGCUUUCGUGUCCUCCUCGACUUGUACAAGCAUGCUGGUCCAUCCACCAAUCUCAUGAAAAAGAUAAGACUCUUCAACUCCCUUAACGAGCCGAGCUACAACCAACAGACACAACACCUUUUUGAGACCAAGGAUCCCGAGUCGCAAAUCAUUAUUGCAAGAGAUACACUAUGCGUGGGCGCAAACAUCCCUGGAAUCGCCGACGUCAUCAUGUUCGGUGUAGUGGCGGACACAACCGACUUUGUGCAGUGGCCCGGACGUGCGAACCGUGAUCAUUCGCUUCCCUCAGCAAGGGGCAUCCAUGUACAUCACACCCAAAGCGCGCGAACACGCCGAACAGGCUCUGAAACCCAAACCGCUGACACCGACGCCUCAGAAUAA